GGGCAAACGAUUUGUCCAUAGCUGUUCAGCUGCGUGCGUGUAUCUGGUAGGCUGUGUGGUAUAGCAUCGCGAAUAGGAUCCCGUUCAAUGACGAAAGCCGAUGCUGUCCCAUGUGCCGAAUCAUCCGUGCCAUCGUAGAUCGACGAUUCCACAAGAGUAUAGAAAGGACUUGACAACCGCCUGUUCAUUCUGCAAUUCGUUUGUUAGACAAGCCUCUCACAGCCUGCAAUCGCCUACUCACCUACUCACCUACUCACCUACUCAUCAACUCACCAACUCGCAAGGUCUUCUCUACAGCCAUCGAGCUUCAUCAUUAACUUUUGAUCCACCCAACAACCAACCUCAAAAACCUCUAUUCAUCAUGCAGCUCACUACCGUCCUUCCUCUGGCCUUGGUCGCCCUCUCCUCGGCCAUGCCCGAGCCGACUCAGGCACCGGCCCUGGCCCAGGUUGAGCGUCGUCAACAGACCACCGCAACCCCCACCAACAGCGCUUUCAGCAGCGUGACGAGCCUCGCCUCGCUUCUCGGCCAAUGCGGCUCGUCGCUCAGCUCCCUCCAGAGCAACUUCCCCGCCAUCCCUACCGCCCUGAACCCCUACGUCGGCCUGGUCUUCCAGGACUCCAACUGCACCUUCACCAUGGCCGAGUCGGUCAGCUCCGACUUUGUCAAGCUGUCGUCCGACGUGAGCGUGUGGGCCUCGACCAGCUGGAGCUCGGUCAAGGCCGCCAGCAGCACCUGCUCGCCCGUCUUGAGCACCCUCGGCCUUAACCUCGACAACCUCAACUGCUCGCCCAGCGUCGCUGUCGUCUGGACCGGCGGCAACCAGACCAGGACCGAGAACUUCAGGAUGAUUGGCGUCACCGAGGCCACCGCCACACCUACCCCCACCAACACCAACGGCGGUGGUAGCGGUGGUAACGGCGGCAACGGUGGCAGCAACGGCGCUGGUCAGACCUCUGCCACUCCCAGCCCCACCGGCAAUGCUGCCGCCCUGGCCAAGCCCGAGCUCGGCGUCUCCAUCGUCCUGGGCGCCAUUGCCGGAUUCAUGGCUCUCCAGUAAAUUGGGGAAUACUAGCCUAUGACGGCUGGAUGAUACGAAUAUUUGUAUAGAUACCUAGUGGAUAAUGUGUUGUGAAUAGGAAGGGAUUGGCGACGGAACUUAAUACAUAUCUGGCUUCUGUUUUGCUGUACGUUUUCAGAGUAGCUGAGGAAUAUAUUGCCUUGUCAUACCUUACUUGCCA